ACUGCGCUUUCAUAGCAACGUAUUUUUAGUGCUAGUAUAAUCUACUUUUUUAUCAACUACUAUAAAAAAGAAAUAAACUAUAUUGGAUUCGUUACCUUUGCCUAUCGUUUAAAAAAAAAAUGGAAAAAACAUCGAUGUAACUUGCUUUGUUCAUAAUAAAUGUUUUUAUUAUUUUAUUUUUCUCUUGUAAUUUUUUUCUUAUAAAAACUUCUUAACUAUAAUGUUAAAAACAUUUUAUGUAAAAACAUAACCGUUACAAUCUCAAUAUUAGAUGUAGAUGUUUAGUUAAAAAUAGAUAUUUAUUGCCAAAUGUAUGCCAUCAAAAUUCCAAUUAUCUAUUUGAUAUAGAUUUUUUUCCAGUUUGCUUGUUUAAACAUGAAUUCCUCUACAGUCUCCUCUCCAAGAUUCAAGAAUUUAAAUUGCAACUCUAGAAAACAUUCUCCAAUAGAAAUAAAAGAGAAAAUGAGAAAGAAUUAUAGAGACAAAGUACAAAAUUGUCGUAACAUGCUAUUAAAUAAAUUCCGUGGGGCACAUAUAGACACAGAAAUUCAUAACACUUUAAAUGAUAUUUAUAGAAGUAUGUUUAAUUUUACGAAUAUACAUUCAAUUGAUGAUGAAGAAAUUGAAAUUUUUGAUGAAAUUAAAAAAGAAUUGAUACUGGAAGAAUUUCAAUGGCUGAUGAAAGAAUAUGAAAAAUCACAAGCUGAUAAUGUAGACUGGUCUCUAGAAGAAGAAGACAACAAUCUAAUUUGUCCAGUAUGUCAAAAGUUUAAUUGCACCCUACAAAACAAGGUUUUAACAUGUACAAAUUGUAAAAGUGCCAUUAUAACAGAAAAAUCCCUUGAUCAGAUAAAAUAUGAAAUCUUCAAUAUGCUAGAAAAGCAUAAUACAGCUUGCAAUAAUGAUUUACAAUUUACUUUAGUUCCAGAUACAAAAGAAUCACAUAAUAUUUAUGCCAUUUGUGAAGAAUGUAUGGAAAUGCAAAUGAUAGUAUAACUCUACUAACCUUGUCCGCAUUAUAUCUAUGCAUGACAAAAAGCUUUGUUAAUUUUAUUAUCUUAAUUUGUUUCAAGAUAAUUAACCAUUAGGGAAUUGAAUUUGUAAAGAAAUUAGAUAAAAGUGGAUUUAUUUUGUAAAUUUUUGUAAUUUCGACAUUUUAUUGUUCAUGUAAUUAUAAUAUCAAAGAGGGCGUUCAAAUAUUACGCAACACAAUUGGAGGGAGGGCGGUGUCUUCUAAAACGUUACAAUAUGUUACAGGGGCGAGAUGAGGAGGGGGUUGAACAUGUGGUUGUAUUAUUGUUUUUGGCAAAAUACACUAAUAUCGAAGUGAAUGCCACUAAAAAGAAAAAAAAAACAUUGUUUUUUAUUUGAAUAAAAUACUAGAGAAAUUAAAUAUCGUAAGUUGGCAACCCUCUUCGUUUAUAUUUUAUAGGGAAUUCCUAGACUGUAUUGUACGUCAUUUUUAUUUUGUUUUUGUUGUCAAUAUUCUUUAGUACUGUGAAUAGUUGGCCUUACAGAAAAAUGUUGCUAUCCGUAUUGGCGCUCCCAUGUAUGGCGGAAGGAAGGUCAUAAAUCUUCAAAAUAUGCGUAACGUAAUACUUGAGUGUCCCUAAAUUGUUCGUAUUUAUAUAUUUCUAUUAUUAGUAAUAUAUUGGUAAAAAAGAAUCCUUAUAUAUAUAUAUAUA